GUAAUGAAUCCUAAAUUUGCAGUGUGAUUUCCGUAAACACAUGAUCUAUUUCUGCUUUUUAUUAGUGUAAGUGUGUGAGCAAGGAUGGUUAGGACAUAUAGACCCACUAAGCGUGGACCACAAAAGAUGUGGGAACCAGAUUCAAUGAGAAGAGCAGUUGCUGCUAUCAAAAGUGGAGAGGUGAAAAGUCUGCGACUUGCAUCAAAGCUGUUUGAAGUCCCCAAAACCACAUUGGCCCGAAGAUUGAAGAAACUCGCUAAUGUGGAUGCUCCAUCAGCACACAAAGCAACAGCUCUCACCACAGACGAGGAAGACCAACUAUCUCAAUGGCUAACUAAGGGAGUUGUAUCAUCUUGUGACAAGCUACCAUUCUGUGAAGUGUGUGAUGACCAGAAGGAAGUGGCCCCUCUACGCUGUCUCGACUGCAAACAAAACAUCUGCACUAACUGUCACAAGAUACACCAACGAAUCUCUGCAACGUCACACCACUUAGUUACUGACAUUCAACAAACUGAGCCAACCAACCAGCAACAUCGCUCAAAAUGCCCCAGCCAUAAUGACCAGGACAUUCAGUUGUAUUGUACAACUUGUGCCAAGUUGAUUUGCCGAAAGUGCUCUGAAACUGACCACCGUCAUCCAGAACAUGAGUACAUUGAUUGCGCCAAAGCUUCAGCGAGCUUGAAACAGUCUUUAGUAAAAUUCUUUGGCCCUCUCGAAACCAUUGCACAAUAUUUAAGCAUGUCCUCAUCCAUUGCCUGCAAGAUUGAAGACAAACUUGACUCUGCAGUUGAAAGAACCAUCAAAGACGUCAAGAGCAAAGCAAAUGAAGUCAAAAAAGAACUAAUCGCCCAUGAGAACCGUCUAAUUGACAAAAUUGUAGGUAUCCAGAUAGACCGCAGCGUUAAGCUUGAUGAACACAAAUGGUCUGUGACGAAUCUCUCACAGCAGGUACAACAAUCUGUACGAUCAGCGAGAGAGGCUUCCCACACCCUGACCGAUGAAGCCUUUGUAAAUCUUUACCCAAGUAUCAGUGAGGCGUUGGAAACCCUCACGACUCAAGAUCUACCUCAGAUUGAUGCCAAACUGUCUUGCAUGAGAUUUGACAGCGGUCAAAGUGACAUUAAUCUGGGCCGAUUGGAACUAAAGGGAAGGCAUAGUCCUGGAGAGUUCAGUGCCAAACGCAGCGUUUCUUCGGUCUCGGAUGAGGUUCUUUCCCCUGACUACGACAAUGAGGGUGUUGUUGUCUGUUACAUGUAGGGGUUUAGGGGUACCAAUCCGCUGUGUUUCAAUGUAAAUCAGAAAGUCUGAUAUGAUAAUCCCCAUCCCGAGGUGUGUCAGUGAACGAUUUCCCUUGUAUACAGUUGUAGCAGAGCAAAAUGCUACACAGAAUGUUUCAACUGCUGCCCAAAAUUUGCAUUCAGUGCGCACAAAAUAGGUUCAGUCUCAAUUUUUGCUGAGAAGUCGUCUUUGUUUGAUCGUCCAUGCUUAUCGGAGACCUGAGGUGCCUCUCGCUACUUUCGUAAAUCCACAAAACCGGCCAUCUGAACCCUUUCGACAGGGUGGAAGCCUCCGCUGCACCUAUAUAUCACAGCUUAUAGACGACCUCAACGCCAUCGACCUACAACAUGAUCAAGCUGUUCAAGCUGCCCUGGAUCUGUCUGGAUGGCAGAGACGAAUUUCUAACAUUGGACAAACCCAUGGUUACAACGUCUCGAGCCAAGUUCGGCCCAAGUAGCGUCAACUAAACUGCUCACAAAAAGUAAGGAAACUUUUUUCAA